AUGGCGGAGCUGCAGAGCGCGUGGGGCGCCGCGUGCGUGGACGCCGCGGGCGAGGCGACGGUGUACGGCGACGACGCGUCGACGGAGGCGGGCGGGCCGUGUUUGACGGCGAUCGUUUUUUUGACGCGCGCGACGGAGUGCUUCGGACGCGCGGCGGAGUUAGUCGGCGACGCGAAGGGGAAGGCGUCGAGCGAGUACGCGGCGGCGACGCGCAGGGCGAGGGCGUCGAGAAGGGCGCUGGCGGACGCGAUGAAGCUGAAUUAA